GAAGUUAUUUUGUCGUCGAUUAUUUGACGUUAUGUGGAAACAGAUUAUUCUAGUAUCAAUCACGAAAAAACGGGAGUAUGCACAGGAGUGUGUACAGAAAUAAGAUAUAUGUAGUUUAAGCAGUGUGCGCAUAUAUUUUCAAAUCUGUAGCUAAAUGUUAAGAAAUAAUGUCAACUCGGUUUACAGAUGUUAGCAGCCGCGGGGAUAGAAACCAUUAACCUUGAUUAGUAGUCUGACAGUAUCAUUGUGAAUUUUUGGGGGGGACUUUUUACUGAGUCUAACAAUUUGCAGCCAAACCAUGAGCAGUAGGAAGGAAAAUCCGAGAACCCGCCAGCAUAGCUCGGAGAAUAAUUCUGUCAGCAGUAGUGAAUGGGAUAUGGCAAAUGAUGUGUUUGUAUCCUGCUACGACGACAAUCCGAUGGGGGAUAGUGGUGCUGCUGGGACAGGGGACCCAGCGAAACCCGGUUUGGAUAGACACUUGCUGCUAUUACGGCGAGACUCGUCAUGCCAAGACGGCAUGAUGCUGGGCCUGGAUGGAGAAGAAUAUUCAGACUCAUCGUAUGUUUCUUUCGAUCCAAACUACAGCGAAAGUGACGGUAAUGUCACCAUCAAGAAGCGCAUACGGUCCAAUAGCUCCAGGCACCGUGGUGACAUAGUGACGGAGCUAGGGCCACAGGAGGUCAGGUGGUUCUACAAAGAGGACAAGCGAACUUGGAAGCCAUUCGUCGGACACGACUCUUUAAAAAUCGAAAUUGUCUAUCGGAGAUUCUAUGAGCAGAACCCUGACAAGGCCAAACGCCCCGUCGAUCCCUCCGAGCAGGAGGGGAAAGAGGCAGCCAGGUCCGGCGAGAUAAAGCCGGAGAGCGUGGCGGUGGACAGUGGAAGUGUCCGGACUGAGUCGGUGCAACGUACCGGAGUACAGCGGCGCUCCGUGACAGAAGAGCUUAGGGACCCAGAGCCUAACAUCAGCAUCAGCGUAGAGGCAGUGUGUGUUAGAGGGGGGCUGUAUGAAGUGGAUAUCAGGGAGAAGGAAUGCUACCCUGUUUACUGGAACCAGCAAGACCGUAUUCCUGUGAUGAGGGGUCAGUGGUUCACUGAUGGAACGUGGCUUCCCCUGGAGGAGGAUGAGAGUGACCUUAUUGAGAUGGAGCACCUUGCCCGUUUCCGGGGACAACAGAUGAAGGACACUUAUGAGAUGGAGCUGGUUACUACCAUAGUGGACAGCAAAGAUGCUAUCCACAGUCUGAAGCUGAGCAGGAGUCAUGUGGACUGGCACAGUGUGGAUGAGGUGUACCUGUACAGUGAUGCCACCACCUCCAAGAUCGCACGCACUGUCACUCAGAAACUGGGCUUCUCUAAAGCCUCUAGCAGUGGGACACGUCUCCAUCGGGGAUACGUAGAGGAGGCAGCACCUGAAGACACUCCACCUGAAACCACACACAUUGUCUUUGUAGUGCAUGGCAUCGGUCAGAAGAUGGACCAGGGCCGCAUCAUCAGGAACACCAGCAUGAUGAGAGAUGCUGCCAGGAAGAUGGAGGAGAAGCACUUCUCUGAUCGUACCAUGGAGCAUGUAGAGUUUCUUCCUGUGGAGUGGAGGUCAAAACUGGCUCUAGAUGGAGACACUGUGGAUUCCAUCACUCCAGACAAAGUGCGAGGCCUCAGAGACAUGCUGAACAGCAGUGCCAUGGACAUCAUGUACUACACCAGCCCUCUAUACAGAGAUGAGAUUACCCGGGGUUUGACUCUGGAGCUGAAUCGUCUGUACUCACUCUUCUGCUCACGGAAUCCAGAUUUUGAAAAAAACGGGAAGGUGUCCAUAGUGUCACACUCACUGGGCUGUGUCAUCACCUUCGACAUCAUGACUGGCUGGGAUCCUGUUCGCUUUCAUCAUCAAGAAGCAACAGAACCAGAGGAGACAAAGGUCUGCCGGCCGAGUGACGUGGAGUACUGCCUUCAGGAGCAGCUGAGACUCACACGCCUCAGGUUGAGGGACUUGGAGGAUCAGUUCCAGGGUCUGCAGACCUCAUCUUGUGUCGCAGUGCCAGCCUUGAAAUUCAAGGUAGAGAAUUUUUUCUGUAUGGGCUCUCCUCUGGCUGUUUUCUUGGCACUGAGAGGGAUCCGACCUGGAAAUAACGGUGUGCAGGACCACAUACUCCCCACGUCUAUCUGCAAACGCCUCUUCAACAUAUUCCAUCCCACAGACCCCGUGGCAUACAGAUUGGAGCCUCUUAUCUUAAAGCACUACAGUAACAUUACACCUGUUCAGAUCCACUGGUAUAACACCACCAGUCCAACGCCAUACGAUCAGAUCCCGCCCAUACUACUCAACUUACCAAAGGAGACCACAUCCGUCUCAGAUUCAGAGAGCAUUCCUAGCCCCUGCACCUCCCCACCCCAGGUCCGACGGCACUAUGGAGAGUCCAUCACCAGUCUGGGCAAGGCAAGCAUCAUGGGCGCUGCAAGUCUUGGAAAGGGAAUUGGAGGAAUCCUGUUUUCCCGCUUUUCCCGUUCCAGUGGCCAUGUGGGUGGAGUGGAGGAGGAGCCUUCAGACUCUGAGGGCGGAGCCUCUGAAGUGGAAAACGUGGCUUCAAGAGAGGAUUUAGCAACAGUGACAGAGAGUGAAGAGAAGGACACACAAAUAGAAAUGGAGAACAGGGAAGCAGAGCCUACCGUGUCCCAGUCCACCUCAGCUGUCAUGGACAGCACCUCAUUGGAACUGGAAAGACGCAUCGACUUCGAGCUGCGGGAGGGGUUGGUGGAGAGCCGCUAUUGGUCAGCAGUAACCUCACACACAGCCUAUUGGUGCUCUUAUGAUGUGGCUCUGUUCCUCCUCACCUUCAUGUACACACCACAAGAGCCAACUGAAUGUGCAGAAGACAUCCCAAACACCUCAUAACAUAUGUGCAAACUGACUCAGGGAGUCAUCAUGUCUGAGGUCACUUAACUCCAUUCACACCUUUUGAAAUAUAAAUUUCAAAAAAGCCACACUUAUAGAACAUAAUAAAAUACACAUUAUUCUUGAGUUUCUAAUCUUUUAAUUCAGAUACAGCAACUCUUGGCUUCGCUCAAUGCAGAGGGGCUGAGCAGUCCAGUGGUGUUUUCACAGCCAGGAAAGCAAAACUCUGACCAACCGUACCACCUACAUAAACAUAGUUGUUGACCUAGUACACCCAUCCAUCCAUUUUCUAUACCGCUUAUCCGUCAGGGUGGUGGGGGAGCUGGACCCUAUCCCAGCUGACUACGGGCGAGAGGCGGGGUGCUAACCAGUGCACCACCGUGCCGCCCCCUAGUACACCCCUUCAUGGAAAAGGUAUUUCCUGAUGGCAGUGGCAUCUUUCAGCAGGAUAGUGCACCCUGUCACACUGCAAAAUUUCAAGAAUGGUUUGAGGAACCCUAUAAGUUUGAGGUGUUGACUUUGCCUCCAAAUUCUCCAGAUCUCAAUCCAGUUGAGCAUCUGUGGGAUGUGCUUGAAAAAUAAGUCUGUUCCAUGGAGGCCCCACCACACAACUGACAGGACUUAAUGGUUCCUCUACAGACAGCUUGGUGCCAGAUAACAUGGCAUACCUUCAGAAGUCUAGUGGAGUCCAUUCCUCGACAGGUCAAGACUGUUUUGACGCCAAAAAGGAGAUCUACUUAAUAUGAGGUGGGACUUCAUAGGGUUUUGGCUGAUUGGUGUACUUACAAUCUAUGUUCUCUUUAUAGUCGUCCUUGACUCCAUAUUGUUGCCCUGUAUUCCCUAAUUUUACAUUCUGUUUACUUUUACCUAUGCUAUGUACUGAACUGGUACAAUGUUGACACAUAAAUCGUAAAAUAUUUAAAUGUAAAUAAUUGUGCAUGCAACAAGCAUUUGUCCCACAUGAUGCACCCACACGGCAAAUAAAAUAUUAAUUUGAUUGAGUGACUUCAGUUAAAAAUUCUUUGACUUUCACAUCCUGUGAGUAGGGCAAGCUAAAAUGACUGUUACAACUAAGUGAAUUGAAAAUUAAUUGACUACAACCCAGACACAAGCACACACAAGUCACUUCCCUUUUACAUAUGAUAGCUAACGUAUAUUCCUCCCGGUUUCCACACACUAAUGUUAAUGUGACCUUUGCCCUAGACUGAAUGGACAUAUACUGUGCCUAGACCCAUCCAUCAGAGAGGUGUUCACGCUCAAAGACCGUCCUCCAUUUCCUGGUCUCUUCUCAACAACUGUCUUCUGUGCAAAGCACCCUGCUGUGUUCAGCUGUAUCAGAGACAUCCCACCCAAGUUUUUACUAAUAUGAUCAAAAAUAGAACUGUAGCAAACGCCAUUGCUUGCUUCAGGUUUAACUGUGUCCUUGUGAGAAAUAUGUCCAGUAAUUUUUCCUCAUAUAAGAACAUGACAUAAAAAAAAUAAACAAGAAUUAUUUUCCAACAAAAUACAUUGACAUUAAAUUUUAAAAUUUGAGUACUUCUACUACAGAUAAACAGGAAUUGUCAGUAUCUGAAUUAAAAUAGCAUUAAGUAAUUUUUGAACACUGGCUCGACUUGACUAGUGGCAGAUGACGUCAAUUUACAUCCAUUUUCUAUACCGCUUAACUGUCAGGGUUGUGGAGGAACUGGAGCCUAUCCCAGCUGAC